CUGCGGGCGGCCUGGGCUGCCCGGCCGACGCCUGCUGCGAGAUGGCGAUCUUGGGCGCGGAGGGCUGAGGAGGCGCCGCCGCGGUGGCCGCGGGCCCCGGGAGCCGCAGCUCGGCGCGGGGUUGUCUCCUCGCCAGACUAUGAGCUCCUUGACAGAAGAACUCGUGUCUUGCACAUCUUUGUAUCCUCAGUGUCUGGCACAAUUCCUGAUACACAAGUCAAGGUGAACUUUGGGACAUGGCCACUGCUUCACCGAGGUCUGAUACUAGUGAUGACCACAGUGGAAGGUUACAGUUAAAGGUAACUGUUUCUAGUGCCAAACUAAAAAGAAAAAAAAACUGGUUUGGAACAGCAAUAUAUACUGAAGUCAUUGUAGAUGGAGAGAUUAAGAAAACAGCAAAAUCCAGUAGUUCUUCUAAUCCAAAAUGGGAUGAGCAACUGACUGUAAAUGUGACCCCACAGACCACCUUGGAGUUUCGAGUUUGGAGUCACCACACUUUAAAAGCAGAUGCUCUGUUAGGAAGAGCAACAGUGGACUUGAAACAAGUGCUGUUAACACACAACAGGAAAUUAGAAAAAGUGAAAGAACUAUUAAAACUGUCCUUGGAAAACAAGAAUGGCAUAGUGCAAACUGGUGAAUUGACAGUUGUGCUUGAUGGAUUAGUGAUUGAGCAAGAAAAUCUAACAAACCACAACUCUUCUCCAACCACAGAAAUACAGCAGAAUGGUGAUGCCUUACACGAAGAUGGAGACACUUCAACACGGGCCACUGCCGGGUUGGCUGUUGAAGGUACUAUUGGAAUAGAUAAUCAUGUACCAACCAAUACUGUUCCCAACUCAUGCUGUUCACAUGUAGUUAAUGGAGAAAACACACCUUCAUCCCCGUCUCAGGUUGCUGCCAGACCCAAAAAUACUCCAGCUCCCAAACCACUCACAUCUGAGCCCACCAGUGACACAGUAAAUGGAGAAUCAUCUUCAUCUGUCCUAGUUGAUAGUACUUCCACCAUGGGUACUCCACUACCAUCUGAAGAAAGCGCCUCGACUUCCAACUGCACUAGCACCACCAUCCAAGAGCCUCCAGUCCAAGAACCCCCAGCACCCUCAGAACACGGUGAAUGUAUUCCCUCUACCAGUGCCGAAGUGGGACCAGAAGCUCGGAGCCUCAUAGACCCUGACUCUGAUUCCAGAAGUAACUCUGCUUUUGAUAAAUUAAGGCAGCCAGAAGGGUUUGCGGAACCUCUGUGGCCACGGUCUAGAAAUACCCACACAGAGUCUCUGCCAUCAGGGUGGGAACAGAGAAAAGAUCCUCAUGGUAGAACCUAUUAUGUAGAUCAUAAUACUAGAACUACCACAUGGGAGAGACCACAGCCUUUGCCUCCAGGUUGGGAAAGAAGAGUUGAUGAUCGUGGAAGAGUUUAUUAUGUGGAUCAUAACACCAGAACAACAACCUGGCAGCGGCCCACCAUGGAAUCUGUUCGAAAUUUUGAACAGUGGCAAUCUCAGCGGAAUCAAUUGCAGGGAGCUAUGCAACAAUUCAACCAACGAUACCUCUAUUCGGCUUCAAUGUUAGCUGCAGAAAAUGAUCCAUAUGGACCUUUACCACCAGGCUGGGAAAAAAGAGUGGAUUCAACAGACAGAGUUUACUUUGUGAAUCAUAAUACAAAAACAACCCAAUGGGAAGACCCAAGAACUCAAGGCUUACCAAAUGAAGAACCCCUGCCAGAAGGCUGGGAAAUCAGGUAUACGCGGGAAGGUGUUAGGUACUUUGUUGAUCAUAACACAAGAACAACAACAUUCAAAGAUCCUCGCAAUGGGAAGUCAUCCGUAACUAAAGGUGGUCCACAGAUUGCUUAUGAACGCAGCUUUAGGUGGAAACUUGCUCACUUCCGUUACUUGUGCCAGUCUAAUGCACUACCCAGUCACGUAAAGAUCAAUGUGUCCCGACAGACGUUAUUUGAAGAUUCCUUCCAACAGAUUAUGGCAUUAAAACCGUAUGACUUAAGGAGGCGAUUAUAUGUAAUAUUUAGAGGAGAAGAAGGCCUUGAUUAUGGUGGCCUUGCAAGAGAAUGGUUUUUCUUGCUUUCCCAUGAAGUUUUGAACCCAAUGUAUUGCUUAUUUGAGUAUGCAGGCAAGAAUAACUAUUGUUUACAGAUAAAUCCAGCAUCAACCAUAAAUCCUGAUCAUCUUUCAUACUUCUGUUUUAUUGGUCGCUUUAUUGCAAUGGCACUAUUCCAUGGAAAGUUUAUUGAUACUGGUUUCUCUUUACCAUUCUACAAGCGUAUGCUAAGUAAAAAACUUACUAUUAAGGAUUUGGAAUCUAUUGACACUGAAUUUUAUAACUCCCUUAUCUGGAUAAGAGACAACAACAUUGAAGAAUGUGGCUUAGAAAUGUAUUUUUCUGUUGACAUGGAGAUUCUAGGGAAAGUUACUUCACAUGAUCUGAAAUUGGGAGGUUCCAAUAUCCUAGUGACUGAAGAAAACAAAGAUGAAUAUAUUGGUUUAAUGACAGAAUGGCGUUUUUCUCGAGGAGUACAAGAACAGACCAAAGCUUUCCUUGAUGGGUUUAAUGAAGUUGUUCCCCUUCAGUGGCUACAGUACUUUGAUGAAAAAGAAUUGGAGGUUAUGCUGUGUGGCAUGCAAGAGGUUGACUUGGCAGACUGGCAGAGAAACACUGUUUACCGACAUUAUACAAGAAACAGCAAGCAAAUUAUUUGGUUUUGGCAGUUUGUGAAAGAGACUGAUAAUGAAGUAAGAAUGCGACUCUUGCAGUUUGUCACUGGAACCUGCCGAUUACCUCUAGGAGGAUUUGCUGAGCUGAUGGGAAGUAAUGGGCCUCAAAAGUUUUGUAUUGAAAAAGUUGGCAAAGACACCUGGUUACCAAGAAGCCAUACAUGUUUUAAUCGCUUGGAUCUACCACCAUAUAAGAGUUAUGAACAACUAAAGGAAAAACUUCUUUUUGCAAUAGAAGAGACAGAGGGAUUUGGACAAGAAUGAAUGUGGCUUCUUGUCUUGGAGGAGCUCUUGCAUUUAAAUACCCCAGCCAAGAAAAAUUGCACAGAUAGUGUAUAUAAGCUGUUCAUUCUGUACAGUUAAUUUUCUGAAUCUUUCAAAGUAUCAAUGUUUUCCGUUCUUCCACAGAAAUAUGCAAAACAUUUCAUCAUUUUCUACUUUAUUUAUUGUUCCCUUGAAAUGACUGACCAGGAAAAAGAUCAUCCUUAAAUUUUGAAGCAAGCAAGAGAAUUUAUUAAGAAGUAUAUAUCUAUAUAAGUAUAUGACAGUGGCUCUAGUUUUAUAGAGCACCAGGUGUACUAAACAUGGCAGCCAUUCACUCACAAA